AUGUAUCAUCACCAGUUCAUCUGGCCUUCUUGAUUUUGUAGAGUUGACAAAGACAGGAGUGGCGUGAUAUCGGACAACGAGCUCCAGCAAGCGCUAUCCAACGGCACAUGGACUCCCUUUAAUCCAGUGACUGUCAGGUCAAUCAUAUCCAUGUUUGACCGCGAGAACAAGGCUGGCGUGAACUUCAGUGAGUUCACCGGUGUGUGGAAGUAUAUCACAGACUGGCAGAACGUCUUCCGCACCUACGACAGGGACAACUCCGGGAUGAUCGACAAGAACGAGCUCAAGCAAGCACUCUCAGGUUUUGGCUACAGGCUCUCUGACCAAUUCCACGACAUCCUCAUUCGAAAGUUUGACAGACAAGGUCGGGGGCAAAUCGCCUUUGAUGACUUCAUCCAGGGCUGCAUCGUCUUGCAGAGGCUGACAGAUAUAUUCAGACGCUAUGACACGGAUCAGGACGGCUGGAUUCAGGUGUCUUAUGAACAGUAUCUGUCCAUGGUCUUCAGUAUCGUAUGACGCUGGCCUCUGGUGAAGAGCAACUUGACUUGCGGAAAGAAGACCCAAAAUGCCAAAUCUCUGACCGUAAAUGGAACGGAACACGGAUGCAGUUAGACACUGUUCUUCCCUUAGAGCUUACCGUUUGGGGACCUGGCUGUACAUAUGUGGAUAAGCUGAUUCACGUUUUGUAAUUGUAACCAUAGCUACGUCAGUACCAUAUACACAUUGGAUUUCCCGUUUCCUUGUGCCAUGUGGUAAUGUAAUAAUGCUUCAGGUUUUCUGCUUGCAAAGAAAUGCAUCAUGUGCUUUUCUAGCUAUCUCGUUCUAUAGUGGAAAUGCUUUUAUUAGCCAAUAAGAAUUUCAAAGUAAUACGGAACUUGCACAGAAGGCUUUUCAUGUGCCUUACUUUUUUAAAAAGGAGUUUAUUGUACUCAUUGGGAUAUGCAAUCUAAGCAAUAAAGGAAAUACUAGACUCGU